UAAUGGAAGAACGAUUCAAUGAAAUACCAUUACCACCAAAAAAGGAGAAUAAAAGAAAACCUUUUGGAACUGACAAACGUUUCAAACCUUAAUAAGUACUACGUCCAUCUCCAGCAUCUUAUACAAUACCUACUGUCUUCGAAAUUGAGAAAUACAAAAAGAAAGGAAAAUCAAUUUCAGUUUUUAGGGAAAAGCCAUAUUUAAAUGAAGUCCCUGGUCCUGGUCAAUAUAAGGAUACAGAAGGAUUAGGAGGACCAUUAUUCUCAAUUGGAAUGAAAAUACCUCCUUAGAAGAAGAAUAAUUUUCCAGGGCCUAACCAUUAUGACUAAUAAAUUAAAUAGUGCUUAACAAAAUAUAAAAAUUUUGGAAAUACAAUAAUUUAAUGA